ACAAGAGCAGCUCUGGCUCACUGGCCCCAUCACACAGAGAACACACUCACACUAAUGAUCUCAACAGCGUCCAGCACGGCAGAGAUGGUUACGCAAGGCAAACUUCAGAUCAGCGCCGAGGAGAUUAUCGAAGAUAAAAGCUCGGGGAGACUGGGAUGCUUCGGCUGGCUGUUGGUCAUCGUAUCCCUCCUCUUUGUAAUGGUCACCUUCCCGCUCACAUUAUUUAUGUGUGUUAAGAUAGUGAAUGAGUACGAGCGAGCCGUCAUUUUUCGACUGGGCCGGAUCACAGACAGGAAGCCUAAAGGGCCAGGACUCUUCUUUGUUUUGCCCUGCACUGAUAACUUUGUGAAAGUUGAUCUGAGGACUGUGUCCUUUGACAUCCCUCCACAAGAGAUCUUAACCAAAGACUCAGUGACGGUGUGUGUGGACGGUGUGGUGUACUUCCGGAUACACUGCCCGAUCUCAUCUGUGGCCAAUGUUUCCAACGCACACUCGUCGACACGCCUGCUGGCUCAAACCACCCUGAGGAAUGUCCUUGGUACCAAAAACCUCGCGGAGCUGUUGGCUGACAGAGAGGGCAUAUCUGUCAGUAUGCAGGAAUCUCUGGAUGAAGCCACUGAUCCGUGGGGCAUUAAGGUGGAGCGUGUUGAGAUCAAGGACGUGAAGUUGCCUCAGCAGCUGCAGAGAGCCAUGGCGGCCGAGGCAGAGGCCACGAGGGAGGCCAGAGCGAAGAUCAUCGCUGCGGAGGGAGAGAUGAAGGCCUCCAGGGCUCUGAAAGAGGCCUCUCUGGUGAUCUCUGAGGCGCCGUCCGCUCUCCAGCUGCGAUACCUGCAGACGCUCAACGCCAUCGCCGCGGAGAAGAACUCAACCAUCAUCUUCCCUCUGCCCAUGGAUAUGAUGCAGGGCUUUAUGCAGAGGAAGUGAAAUCUAAGCUAAAUUAUUCAAAAUUGCACUUAUAAUAUGUUAUAAUAUUAUUAGAGUUCUGUGGUAUGUCUUUCAUAUGUGUGCACGCUGCCGAUGUCUCCUAUUCCGCAUCACUACUCAAACAUACAUUUUUCUAUUUUUUACUAACGGAAAAAGAGCUCUGUAACACAAUUAUGUUUUUCAAAAUGUUUUGUACACUUUCUUUUCUUGUUGUGAAUACUUUAAUACAAAGUGCAACACAUACAGUGUAGAUGUUCGUGUCUCGUCACGGACCACAACAAAUGAACCAGCUAAGCUACAGCUGCAGUUCUGGAUGAGGACAAAUAAAUAAAUAAAUAAAUAUAUGAAAUGUACAAAAGAAAAUGCACAACAACCGUAUGAAGACAUGCUUUCAUAUAAACCUAUCCAGAACAAGGAUUUUUGAAAUACUGAACACAAUCUUUACAACAAAAAGCCCUGUAAACAAUCAACAGAAGUACCCACAUCCAAGUGACAGAGCAGCCAGCUCCCACAUUGGAUGUAAACUGUAAACAAAACCUCUUGAUGUUAAUAUGGAACAAACAUUCAGUAAAUCAAUACUUUGUCAUGUCCAUGGGACACAGAGGCAACCAGUGCGAUCGGAGUACCUGAUGGAGAGAAACGUCUUGUACACUUCCUUUCAUAACACGGCAAAACCCACCAGCGACUUGCAGUCCGAACAGUAGAUGCAACUCUCCUCUGACCAAAUUCAUGUUUGAGCAGAUUUCCAUAUUUUGUGUCCGGAGAGCUGACUAUUAAAUCAUGUUAUUAUAAUA